AAGGAAAGGGCAAGCCCCAGCCCUCCGCAGGGCGCGAGUGCAGCUGAGGUGCUCUAGCUGCCAGCCCUCUGAAAGCCUCCUCUAUCAGAGCUCUGCAAAGGACGGACCAACUCACCACAGCAGUGAGCAGCCAGUGGGCCCUCCUCACGCUGCUGGGAUGGAGAGUCGGCAGCACGCCACCAAGGAGCCUGAGAUCGAGCUGUUUGUGAAGGCUGGUUUGGAUGGAGAAAACAUUGGAAACUGCCCCUUCUGCCAGCGCCUCUUCAUGGUGCUGUGGCUCAAAGGGGUCAAGUUCAACGUCACCACGGUGGACAUGACCAGGAAACCUGAAGAGUUGAAAGAUUUAGCACCGGGCACCAACCCUCCCUUCUUGCUGUUCAACAAGGAGCUGAAAACAGACUUCAUUAAGAUCGAGGAGUUCCUGGAGCAGACCCUGGGCCCACCCACGUAUCCCCACCUGAGUCCCAAGUACAAGGAGUCAUUUGACGUGGGGAGCGACAUCUUUGCCAAAUUCUCAGCAUACAUCAAGAACCCACGCAAGGAAGCAAAUAUCAAUUUCGAGAAGGCCCUGCUGCGGGAGUUUCAGCGGCUGGAUGUCUACCUAAACACUCCUCUCCCUGAGGAGAUUGACCAGGACAGCGUGGAAGACAUCACCGUCUCCAAGAGGAAAUUCCUGGAUGGAGACCACCUGACACUGGCUGAUUGCAACCUCCUGCCCAAACUGCAUAUCAUCAAGAUUGCAGCCAAGAAGUACCGUGACUUUGAAAUACCAGCAGACAUGACAGGCGUUUGGCGUUACCUCAACAACGCCUAUGCUUGCGAUGAGUUCAGCCACACGUGUCCCGCUGAUGAGGAGAUCGAGCACACCUACGCCAGCGUCGCCAGGAAGAUGACCUAACCCCACUGUGGGGUGUGCUGGUACCACUGCCCCUGGCCGAGCCCCUCACCUCUGCAGUCCUGGCACAACCAAACCCUGGCUGAGGGAGGGACUAGAGGGGGUUCACAGCAUCGCUACCCCCUGCCUUUCAGAAAUAGCACCUUGCUUCACAGCCCACCCCCAACCCCGCUCCCUCGCUGCAGCCCUCAUGUGCCAUCAGUACUAACCGUGCGUGGCUGCAGUGGCAGCUGCAUCCCUGCUCCCCAAAAACGGGUCUCACGGUGGCAUGGAAAAAGCUGAGCACUAGCCUUCUUCAGUGGCACUCUGGUGGAAGAGAUGAGAUCCCCCAAUCAGCUGGGCCAGCCCUGCCUCCGCAUCUGCUGCUGGAGCUGCUCUGCUCUGCCAGCCCCGUGCAGUCCCAGCUAUCCCAUACACCUGGGAAAAGGCAUCCCGGAAUCCCAGUGCAUCGCGUGGGCUGGAGCUGUUUGAAUUGGUCCCAUUGCCCUUCUGCACAGCACCUCACAGCCUGCAUGUGGGCAAGUCCUCUCUCCCAUUAAGGCAUCUGGGCUCCAUCUGAAGACACCAAGAGGCUCUGUCCCUGGUAGUUUAUUGCAGUGACAAAUUGUUCUCACUGCUAGAGAGUUGUAACCCGUGUCUAAUUCCCCGUUAGGACAGCGGGGCAGGAAGAAGCUGGGGAUGAUGCCUGGCAUGGAAGUGCCAGGACCUGCUGUGGGAAGGAAGGAGGGGUGCAGGCACUCGUGAAGGGCUGAGGAUCAGGGCAUCCCUCCCAUGUGUGUCAGCACCCAGGACCACGUGCUGCUGGCUGUAAGGUCCCACCUGGCUCCUGUGAGCUAAGAAACCUCUCCCUGCCUUGCAGGACACUGCAGGAGAUGCAGCCAUGUGCAGCUCCAGCUCCACCACCCUCUCCCCAGGUGCCUGAUGGGUUGAUGGAGGCAUGGGUUAGGGCAUCUGUCUCGUUUCCACACCCCAGUGCUGAACAGCCCAAGGGAGCAGGCAAAGGCUGUCUUCUAAGGUGCUGUGUCUGUAAGAGACACAUGGACAGGUUUGGUGCUCCUUGGCUCAGCGUUGUGCCUUCCUGCCCAGUGUUGCUGAUGCAAGAGGAGUCAAAGACGCUCUGCACAGCUGUGACAUCCCAUCCUUCUCCAUCUGAUACCUCCAGCUCCCCUGAGGGCUCCAGCCAGUGCCUGUGAAUUCAGCCAGCCCCCCCCCCCCCCCCCCCCCCCAGCCAGCCCCAUAGGCAAAAGAAUACUGUACAGUGAGUGUGGUGGGUCCUACAGAGACACGGUGAUGGCAGACCCCCCCUCCAGCCCUCACUGCCACUUCCCUCUUUGCACUAAAAGGUGUGUCCUCACAAGCCUGUCUCUGAUAGCACUGUGUUUGGGGACUGGUUUUGUUAUUAAUGGGUUUUGGUUUAUUUUUUUUUUUUUUUAAAUAAGAACAGCAAUAAACUAUAUUUUAAUAUGC